UAUUAUAAUGAUUAAUUUUUUUAGUGUAAUUAAAUAUGGAAAUCAGUCAAGAAACAAUAGAAACAUUUGAUAUGUCAUCAGAUAUGGGAAACAGUUUGGAGGGAUUCUCAGAAAUACCAUUGACACAGCAGCUUCGAGAGAUAACAGACUAUAAUGAAGUAAUUGAAGAGGAUCCUGUAGAUAUUUCAUCAUCCUGUGCUGGAAUCGCAGCUAGUGAUAUUGGAAGUUUAUUGGAGCAGUUUUUGGAAUAUGAACAAGCUAGUGAUGUUGAUCCCAGCUCAUAUCCAGAUUCUUCAUUUUUAACACCAGUUGGCUCACCUGGUGACUCUAAUGAGGACGUAGUUCUGGGUCGCCUAAUGAUUGUCCAGGAAAAGUUAAGUCAAGAAGUUGAAGAUGAAAGUUUACCAAACACACCCACUGAAAUUGAUGUGGAAACCAUAAAAGACAAUAAUAACAUAGCACAACCAAAAGGUGACAAAUUACUUCGAACCGUAAAUGGUAUUCAUCCAAAAGGCAACAAAAUUAGAAUGGCAGAUAGUCCAAAAUUUGCUAAAUUUAAAAAGAAAAAGCUUGGCAACGAUCCACCUCUCAGAAGAUGUUUCUCAGGACCUAAUACACCAAGAUGCACUUCUCCAAGUGACAUUGUUAGUCCUGAAGAAAUGAAAAGAAGAGAAGCAAAGCUUAUUGAAGCACUUGCAUUAACUGUACCUAAGCAGCAAACUGCUACUAAAAAGGCAAACGUUGAUAAAGCUAAAAGAAAACUGAGUGAUGAUUCUCCUAGCAAGAAAAGAAAAGUGACGGAACCAUUACCUAGUCGUCUUAUGCCUGUUGUUUCAAAACGGAAGAAAAAACUGAAUAGUAUUGAUGAUAACGUUACAAUAAAGGGAGCAAUAGAUCCUCGCCUAAACAAAUCUAAUUAUUGUGAGUUAGCUAAUACCACGCAACUCAAGAACACUAAUUUAACUGAAAUUAAUUCAUCUGAAAAUACUGCAACAGAAACUGCAGAUGAUAUAGGUAUUGUGGAUAUGACUAUAGAUCACGAAAGUCUAGCAGGAAAUAUUUUCACAGUGCAACAUUCAGUGAGCAAAGUUGAGCAACCUGAUGCCACAACUCCUGUGGAGGGCCAAACUAAAGUUCUAACUUCCAUAGUAGAACAAUCUGACACCACAAUGCCUAUGGUAACACAGGAUAAUACCGUAACUACUGUUGUAACACAGGAUAAUACCGUAACUACUGUAGUAGCACAGACUGAUAGAACUAGUACAAUUAUUAAAAGUAAUAUUGGUCAAGAAGCUGUCUACAGCAAUGACAGUGUCAUUACAGAAGUAAAGAAGGAGAAUUAUAAAAAGGGAAAAUCCAAACCACCUCGAAAUUAUAGAAAAAGGAAUAAUUUAAAUGAGACAUUAAGUGCUUUUUCUGAUUCUGAACCUGAGGAUAGAGACAAUGAUGACCGUUCAUAUAAAAGAAAAAGAAAAACGAAUGCUAUUUCUCAUUCACGUAGUCGUUCUCCAAGUCCAUCAAGACGUUAUUCCAGAAGCCCACGUUCUAGAAGUCCCUCUAGACACCGUUCUCGCAGUCCACAGGCAAGAAUAUCAAAAAGCAGAUCCCGAAGCACAUCAAGGAGUCGGUCCAGAAACCGUUCUAGAAGUGUGUCGAAAAGUUCUAGAAGUCCGAUUCGUUCUCUUAAAAGAAGCCGACAGAAUAGUAGGUCAUCUGUUCAUUACGAAUCAGAUGGCGAGAAAGUGGACAUAAGUAGCAAGUUGACAGAAUUGUCAAACCCAGUUCCCUAUGACAUAGAACAUGAACGAAAAUUGAGAUUUCUUUGUGGCGGUGCAUCUAAAGGGAAUAGUGAACGGAGAAACAUAUAUGCAGGGGGCAUUACUCGUCAAACUACUAAAUCAGAACUCAUCCAAAGAUUUCAAAGAUUUGGAAGGAUUGAAAAAGUUACUUUACACUUUCGAGAUAGAGGCGAUAAUUAUGCUUUUAUUGUGUUCGCUGAUGCUGAUAAUGCGACGAGAGCGAUUGAAGAAGGUAACGACGAUCCAACUUAUCCAACAUUAGAUCUAUGUUUUGGAGGUCGGCGAAAGUUCGUCGGAGGCAGUUAUGUUGAUUUUGAUGGAAAUAACAGUUACUUAGAAGGUUCCGAACGAGCAAAAAGAAACGCACGUGCCGAAUCGCCGGAAGACGAUUUUGAUCGUUUAUUACAAAUGGCUAUGAAAGACACUAAAAAAAGCGAGAAGGAGAGCACACCAGAGUGGGACUAACUAUCAAAUGUUGCGUUGUUGUACUCGAAUGUUUCGUCACUUGCACUGUUACCGGGCAUAAAUGACGUCAUAAGAUGUGUUGCUUCCUGUAACAUGCAAGAAUGACGAAAUUUUACUUCAAAAAAGUAAUUACAGGGCUAUUUAAUCAUUUAGCAGAGAGGGAGGUAUGUGGGUUAACGAUCGUCUACCAUUCUGUGUUUAUAAAUUUCGUAAUCUUCGAUCAUCUACAUGGAUGUUUGUUUUGGUAAAUUUUGUCCAAACCAAGUUAUAACAUUCGAAAACACGUUUUAAUUCAUCAAACAAAUUUUACGUUAUUUUUUAUAUUGAUAUGUAAGGCGUCAUUUUUAUAUAUAAGCGAAAGGGAUUCAGCCCAAUAUUUUUAUUAAAAUUUCUUCUGUCCAGUGUCUGUUAAUAUUAUAUUAAAUUUGAGAAAAAUAAGCAACUAUACUUUUGUGUUACUGUUAGUCAUAUUAUUAAAUUCUUAAUUUGGAGAUUGGUGACUAAUUGAUGAGUAAACUUUUCUUUCUUUGGUGGGUUAAUUUUUCUUCUUGGUACACGCGGAAGGAAUUUUUGUCACGUUUUUUUUUAAUAAUCGACGCUUCUGGAUCAGGCUUCGAAACUUGUAAUUAAUACCAGUGUAUGAUUAGAAAAGAUCCUAUGAAUUAAGUAAAUCAAUCAAUGAAAAUUGCCGUGUGCAAUAGUGGUCAUUUUUAAAUUUGUGGUGAAGAUUUUCAACUUUUUAUUUUCCCGUGGGGUCACUCGUUUUUUGCUUAAUGGGAGGUUGUCUUAGAAGCUACGUAAACAAAUAAUGACACAUAGAACUGAAAACAUUUAGUUUCGUGUACCCCACUACACAAAUGUAUUCUGAUAAAUAAUCUCGAAUUGUUACUGUCAAGUCUUAAAAAUAACCAUGCUGAUGUUUGCAAUUUCCAACCAAAAUAUAAUUUCUAUUUUUAGAUAUAAAAAUUCUUUGUAUCGUCACGUCUUUUUCAUGUCAAAAGUACUGCUAAAUACUAAAUAUCAAUUUUUUGUUACAAAAUUUUGUUAGAUAUCCACAUGUAUUUAACAGAAAAUUGUUUUAGAAAAGAGAUGGUUUUUUUGUGGAUUUAAAAAACGUCUGUUACAUGUAAAAAAAUCUUCUUUACUGCUGUUUCAUAGCUUUGCCGCCAUGUUUAAUAAAACAUCUUAAACGCUCGUAAAUAUUUUGAUUGACGUUCCCACAAUAGCGCUAUUGUUUUUUAAAACUUUUAUGUUGUUUUUGAUUGGUCGCGUUCUGUAGUAUAAUACGAUCUCAUUUGCAUAACAAAGGAAAAUAUUUUGUGUAUUUUUCUUAAAACCCUUCCCAAAGAUGAGAAAAUUCAGAUUUAAAAUAACGCUGGCCGUUGUUACGUGAAAAAAAAGUCAAGUUCAAAACUUUAACGGAUCGCUGGACGAUACCGAUUUUCUUACUGCUGGACAGUACAAUUUUUAAUACAAAGAAGAAGAAUGGAACCAACAAGUUUAGAAAGCUUACUUCAGACUGCUGCAGUCGAUCAACUCAUAGGUUAUGAAAACCAAACCACAGCUAAUCU